UUUUAGUCGUUUCAAGGCACUGUGGGUUUCUAGGUGGCUUCUGGUUAACGCGCACAAGUCUUCUCAGUCAAUUGCUUAGUGCCGACGGAGAAAGCUUCCUGAAGACGUCUUUCCCGCUCCAAUCCAAGAAACGGAGACCGGCAAAGGCGCAGUCUACUCACCCUCUUCCGCGCGCUCGCCGGAAGAGGUGCCACCCGCCGGACACCCGCCAUGGCCGACGCCGCCAACGAACCUACCGCUAUCUACUACAGUGGACGUCCCCUGAGCUACGACGCGCAGCAAGCGCAGGCGACACCACCGGUACGGCCGCAGCCAACCGUCGGCGAACACGCCAGCGCUCUGCCGGCGACGGCGCAGCAGCCACUGCAGUACGCUACCGAAAAGGCCAACCACACUCAUGUCCAUGGCGUUCCUGGAUACUAUAAAGGCCGCGUGAACAAGACGAACACAGCUGCAGUUGAACCGGAAAAGGAACUGAGCUGCAUUGACAAACUUCUCAUCUGUUUCAUGGGUGGCAAAAACAUGAGAUAGUUUGAGAGGACACUCGUGUUCGGCGUUCAGGAAGGAAGCUGCAGGAUUGUUGCACGGUUGUGGUUAUUUAGAUCGAUAGAGGAGUUGAGUUUUUUGUUUUUCAGAGUUUCACCCCCUGCUAUUCGUUUGCACAAGUUCAUGCAGAGGCAGAGUCAAUGAGCCUACUCAGUAUGAUCCAUCAAUUGUACUCUGUUCCAUGGUAUAAAUCAGCAAGUUUCUCAUCUGGAUCUGUCUCCUUA